AAUUCUAGCUUCUCUCGCAUGAAAACAGUAUCAUUAGUAUUUCAUCAGCAGUUUCCACUCGAAGCAAUAUCAUUUUAUCAGCCUUACUGCAGGCAACCUGACGUACCGCGAUGCUCAUUACUGCAACCAAUGGUAGCUGUUGCAAACUUCAUUACACUCACCUCACACAAUAAAGUGAAACCUUCGAGUUAAAACUUUGAACGGUGCGUUAACGUUUUUGUGAUGAAAAUGAAUUCAACGUUAAAAGAAGGCGGUAACAAACAUAGUACUCCAGUAUUAUGUCAAAAGAAUUUAGAACUGUAUUUUCCACUAUCCGAAAUACGACCGGGAGAUACAUCAACCUUGCGUAAUGCGAUUUAUAGCGACUCGGACGAUGGCGAGAAAAAAUCAAAACAAACGCGCAGAAGAAGGCGGAUUCAAAACACUAAGUCUUACACUAAGCCCGAUAAAAUUAACUCCAGCUCUGAUUCUGAAUAUGAAACUUUCCACGAAAGCGAAAUAAAUUGUUCAGACAACGAAGAGCAGAUCACCAGCGUACUUCAUAAGAGGAUAGAAAAUUUUUUUGAAAGCACACAGCCUGAUACCAGUGUCAAGAUCACACAAGUCGUUAUUACGUCUCCUCGGCCUGGGGAAUUAUUUUACUCUCCAGAGCAAGAUAUUGGCAAACACUACGGCGGAUCAUUAAACUCUCACUUUGACCAUUUCUCAGUCUCACCACCGCGGUUACAAUAUUGGAAUUCGCCUAAGUUUCAGAGAAAAUUUCAGGAUCCUAAGCAGUACAAAAGUUACUCUGGACCUGGUAGAAAGGAGAGAUUGAGCCCAUCUAAAAUAUCAUUUUCACCCAAGUGGGCAAACCCUGUCCCAUCCAAAUACAGUUCACCGAGUCAAAUCCCACCCGUAGUUUGUGCACAGCCAAAAACUUCACCGAUUUAUGAAACGAGACGUGCUACCUCUGGAUCUGAUUCAAAGCAUUCGCAUUGGAAUCGUUGCAAAACACUUAAAGCUCCCUUUCCUGAGAAAAAAAAACGUGUGGAACGUGUGAACAGAAAGAUAGGGGAGAAGACGUAUGAUUCGAAAAAGCCUGUAAAAGUUUUUUCUGAGGAAAGCUGUCGAUCAGUUUCAAUGAUACCAGUUGGAACUAGGAAGCAGAGUGAUAAACGGAAACUCCCAAUUCAAUCUGGUAUACACACAUCUUGUGUUAAUUUAUUGUCGGGAUCGCCACUUCAAAAGACCAGCAAAAUAGACCAACGGCAUCGUACAGCUGAUGAAAAUCACAGAGGUGAAAGUUUGAACAAUGAUAGCAGUUCCAGUUCAUCAGAGUCUAUUACAUCCCGUCCUCCAAAAUCAGCAGUUAAAGUCAGAUCAAACAUCAAGAUAACAGAUGGACGAUAUGAAAAUUUUUUCAAAAAACUCUACUCUAAACUUGAUUAAAUCAGAGUUAAUAACAAUCUUAGUCUGUUUUAAAAUGAACGGGUUCUUAUUACAAAUAAUUAAAAAAAAGCAAAUUAUAUUGAUAUCAAAAUUCAUGAUCAAAUAAGAAUCUG